CAAUUUUUGUUUAUGUAAACCCCUGGAAGUAAACUGUCAAAUUGAGAACACUGAAAAAAUUGUUUUGAAAUUGAAUUAUAUUUAAAACUUGAAUUACUUUUCUAUAGAUCUUUUCCUUAUCUUUAGAAUCACUUCGUUUUAUUAGUUUGACAAUUAAAUGAAUAAUAUACAAUGCAUGCAAACCUAUUGCAUUAAAAAUUCUCCCUUAACUAAUUCCUGAAAACAAAAGUUCUAACUAUGGCUUAUAACAAUGUUGUUCGGUACAAAAUUAAAAGAGAAAUCAAAGAUGGAUCACAAUACCGUUUUAUGCGUAAGCUUCAUGUAACAAGAAAUUUUAUUGAUCGACUAGGCUUAGAAGCAGAAUUGGAAGGACACAGUGGUUGCGUUAAUUGUCUCGAAUGGAACGAUAGUGGAAAUCUUUUAGCUAGUGGAUCUGAUGACCUGCAGAUUAUUUUAUGGGAGCCAUUUACUAGAAAGAAGCUUCUUAAUAUUCAGAGCGGUCAUCAUGGUAAUAUAUUUUCAUUAAAAUUCCUUCCUCACUCAAAUGAUCAACGUAUCAUCAGUGGAGCUGCUGAUUUUAGAAUAAGAAUAUACGACAUUCAAUCGAAGGAAACAGUUAUGAAUUGUAGCUGCCACUGGGGAAGGGUCAAACGACUUGCAGCCACUUCUAAUGUCCCUCAUAUGUUUUGGAGUGCUGCAGAAGAUGGGAUGAUAAUGCAGUUUGACCUUAGAGAAAGUCAUCAAUGUUCUAAUAUAUGUAAAAACGUUCUAGUCAAUUUAGUUUACCAUGUAGGUAGAAAUGCAGAAGCGAAAUGUUUGGCAGUCAAUCCAUUAAGACCGGAACUCUUAGCUGUGGGUGCAAACGAUCCUUACGUUAGGCUUUAUGAUCGUAGAAUGAUUAAACCUACGACUGUUAAGUAUCCCAGAGAGCAUCACAGUGCGGGGGCGGCAUGGAACACGCAACCUUAUGUCGAGGAAAUGAUUGAGCAUGGUGAUGACAAUUUGCCAUCGGGUUGUGUUUCUUAUUUUGUUGCUGGACAUUUACCUUUAAAACAAGAUGAUUUCAGAAAGCGAUAUAGAACAUUAACAUCUACUUAUGUUGCAUUCAGUCCUGAUGGAAAUGAUGUACUAGCUAAUUUAGGUGGAGAGCAAAUUUACUUAUUCAAUAUUCUGUCCAAAAGAAAAUUAUUAAAGGUCAUAACGAUGAACUUUUCCGCAAACAAUCAAGAAGCGAACAGUGAGGGAAUGCAUGACAAUAAACCUGGUUGUAGCUAUUCUGAUGGAAUAAGUGCUUCCAAAACUUGCAGUAAUGGUAGAACGACAAACGGGGUACAUUUUUCAAUUUUACCGUCUGAUAUACCCGACAAGUCUUGUGGGAGAAAGCAGACACCCCAACCUACUUGUCAAAAAUUUCAAAGUAUGAAACGUAAAGCGAACGAAGCAUUCGAUAAACGAGAAUUCACCUUAGCUAUAAGCCUGUAUAGUAAAGCAAUUGUGAAAUAUCCUGAUGUCGCUUGCUUGUAUGCUAACAGAGCUGCUGCCUAUUUGAAACGAGAGUGGGAUGGUGAUUAUUAUGCAGCCAUAAGGGACUGUUAUGCUGCCAUGCGGUUGGAUCCGGAAUACCUAAAAGCAUAUUUCCGCUUAGCUCAAUGUCUGCAUAAACUUCAUUGGGGGAAAGCAGCUAUGGAGUGUUUGGCAAAAAUUCGAGAAAGAUUUCCCAACUAUGCCAGAUCUAGAGCAUUUGAAGCAUUCGAGACGGAUAUAAAAGUGUCUGUCUACGCUGACUUGGAAGGAAUGGAUUCUGAUAGUAGCGACGAGCCCGACGCUACCGUACUGUCUUCUUCUUCUACAAGUCAACGUCGGCUAAACAAUGCAGCGAAAGCUCUAAUGGCAUUAUCGGAAAAAGAACGAAAAUGGAGAACGUCAUCCUUUGACUAUGAAGCACGAUUUUGUGGUCACUGUAAUACUACUACUGAUAUUAAAGAAGCUAACUUCUUUGGCAGUGAUGGACAGUAUAUUGUAGCUGGGUCAGAUGAUGGAUCGAUAUUUAUCUGGGAUCGAGUCACCACCAAUAUUUCAAGAGUGCUGCGAGGGGAUGAUUCGAUUGUUAAUUGCUUACAGCCGCAUCAAGCUACUUGUUUGUUGGCAACGAGCGGGAUUGAUCCCGUAGUGAGGCUGUGGGGUCCAAAAGCAGAAGAUGGUUCAACCGACGAGCGAGAAAUUGUCGAUUUAGAAGAUGCUGCUGUUGCUAAUCAAAGGCGAAUGAAUGCCGAUCCGUUAGAAAUAAUGCUUAUGAACAUGGGUUAUCGCUUACCUAGUGUCUUGGAUCUACCUAAUGUUUAAAUAAUUGCGAUUUACUACUAAUAGAUAAAGUAACUCUGAUUAAUUAUUCACAGACUAUCAAAAAACAAAAUCAGCUAUUUUGGAUUGUUUUUAUUUUGAAUUUGAAAAAAGUUAUUUUUUAAAUGAGAUGUAUUUUUUCUUCAUUUAUUAUUAUAAUUCGAUUAAAGAGUUUAGGUGAGA